AUGAAGGGUUCACAUUGCACCUCAAGCGAUCCAAAGAAAAUUAUGGAUGAGAAGCCUUCAUCAUCUCAUAAAGCUCAUGAGUUGAAGAUGUUGGGGCUAAUCUUUCUGAUAUCUUCAUUCUUUGUGGUUGUUACACUUUCAACACUUUUGAAAUUUCAUGAUCACAAAAAGCGAUACACAACCAUAGGGACCAUUUGCAUUAUAUUUAAUGUGUUUAUGUAUGCGUCUCCAUUGUCCAUCAUGAGAAAGGUUAUUCAAGAGAAGAGUGUGAAAUACAUGCCUCUUUACCUGUCUGUUGCCAUGUUUGCUAAUGGAUUAAUUUGGACUACAUAUGGAGCCAUACACUUUGACAUAAAUCUUGUGCUUCCAAAUGGAUUGGGAGCUGGUUUGGGAGCGUGUCAGUUGCUUCUGUAUGCCAUUUAUUAUAGAACCACAAAAUGGGGUGAUGAUGAUCAGAAAAUGUUGAAAGACUGA